UGAAAGUUCUCAAAAAUAAUUUUGCCCAAUUGCCAAAAAAAAAAAGAGAGAGAAAACAAGAAGACAAGAAAAAUGGCUGCAGAAAGUGGAAGAUCAGAUAAUAAUGUUGCAAUCAAUGUUGAAUCACUAGUGUCUUCUCUCAAUGCUGAAUUGGAGAAUGCUCGUCAAUCCAUGGAACCGAGCUACUGCAUCUUCAAAACCCCAAGCAUACUCUUCAGGCACAGAGAAAACUCAUUUGUCCCCAAUUGCUUCUCCAUUGGUCCAAUGCACCAUGGCAAAGAAAAUUUGGUACCUACAGAAAAAAUCAAAAUCAAGUAUUUGAAAGGUCUCCUGUCCAGAGUAAUUAAAAGUCGGCCAGAGACAACAUUAUUAUCCAAAGAAGCCAAGGAGAUUGAGCAACAGAGAGUUUUAACUAACUGGGUUGAUGCUGUUAAGUUGAUUGAGCAACAGGCUAGUGCUUGCUACGCAGGACAUAAUUAUGCAGCAGAAUUAGGUGGCGAAUUCGUAAAAAUGAUGGUGCUUGAUGGUGUCUUCAUUAUUGAGCUACUCCGAAAGGAUGCUGAAACGAACAAAGAGCAGGAUGACCCAAUUUUCUCGAUGUCCUGUAUGCUUCAAUUUCUGCAUCAUGACUUGAUUUUACUGGAAAAUCAAAUACCCUGGUUAGUACUUCAAACCCUGUUUGAAAAAACCAAGCUUCCUUCUGAAACCAAGUCCUUAAUUGAACUUGCCCUUCUUUUCUUUGCUACAAUUUUCUCAUCUCAUCCACUUCCUACAAAACCAGACCUUUUCUCGGGCAAAGAUAUCAAGCAUAUUCUUGAUUUAUUGAGGCUAUCCUUGGUUUUACCAUCGAAAGUAAUUAAAAACAAAUGGCAUUCUGAAUGGCAACCAAUUCCUUCUGUCACUAGACUCAAAGAGACAGGUGUAAAUUUCAUGAAAGUUCGAGACGAGAGAAACAAUCUUGAGGAACCUGAUUCCUUCAAAAAAACUGAAUAUAGCAUCUUGGAUAUAACAUUUAGAGACGGUUGCCUCGAAAUUCCAUCCCUGCUAAUUCAAGAGACGACAGAAACAAUCUUGAGGAACCUGAUUGGGUACGAGCAAUGCUUGCCACAUUGUCCACCAAUUUUCACUUGCUAUGCCAAGCUCUUGGAUAACCUGAUCGACACCACGAACGACAUGGAAAUACUAUGCAAGAGGGAAAUUUUUGAUAACUGGUUGAGUCCAGAGGAUGCAACGCAGUUUUUCAAUAAGCUUUACAAUGACACUUAUGUCAAGGAAUUCUAUUAUUCUCAACUUUGUUGUGACCUGAAUAAUUAUUGCAGACGAUGGUGGCAUAGAUGGCGUGCUUACUAUGUGCAAAAUUAUUUUACCAAGCCCUGGGCUAUUGCUGCUCAAAUUUAUGCUGUUAUCAUGUUUGUUCUCACCUUGAAGCAAGCUUUGUAGUCCCUUAAUUUGGCCCAAAACCAAAAGCAUAUUUAUUAUAUGUAGAAAUAAAAAAUCAAGCUUUGUCUUUUAUAACCAGUUGUUUGAAAUUAGUCACAUGGAGAAGAUCAUGUCUUUGAUUAAAACACUAGCAAAGUUUCCUACUUUUCUAGAUAAAUCAAAGUAAAAAAAAUCAUUCAACAAUGGUCAAUAUGCACAAAAUGGAACCCCGAUGCUAAUAAUUGCAAAGUCUCAGGUUCCAAGCACUUGAGUUGAAUCUCUCUUUGU